AUGUCCGAGCUCACCGCGGAGGGCCUGCCCUCGGCGAGCCACAGUCGACAACAGCAGCAGCAACAACAACAACAACAACACAAUGGCGGAACUCACCGGCCCUCGCAGCCGCCCGCACCUCCCAACCCGGCCCAGAGCGGCGUGCGAACCCCAACCGACAUCAUGAGGCAGCGACGGGACCGCGAAGCGAGGAAAAGGGCCGAACAAGAGGCGCGGGAGCGCGAGCAGCAGGAGAUGGACCGCAUCAAGAAACAACAGGACCAGGAACAGCGGAAAGCUGACCGCCUGGCCCAAGAGGAGCGUCGAAAGCCAGUCGCCGCCGACCCUCAGAUCCCCCCGACAAGACGACCAGGCGCCGCAUCCGCGUCUCGCCCGCCAGAUGUGCCACUGCCACAGAACCCUAGCGCUGCAGACCACCCCCCGGCGGCCCGCCCUCCCCCAGAAGCCCAUUCGUCACGACGGGCGGGCGAUGGCCCUGUGCCCGAGCAGCCAGCCAGGCAACGUGCUCCCGGAGCCUCGUCUCAUCAGCCCCGACCUUCGCAAGCUAGGGGACCCGAUAAUCCUGCCCAAAACCCGCCCACUGCGCAGGCACCGAAAACUCAGUCCGGCCAAGCUGCUGGUGGCAGUGGUUCGCAAGCCCAAGGCCAGUCACGGAGAUCAUUUCCACACGCAUUCGAGAGGUGGGAGAUGCUUUCGUCACACUGGGAAGGACUGACGAGCUACUGGAUCCGCCGCCUAGAGCAGAACAAUGAGGACCUGAGCAAGGACCCCCUCAGCCAGCAGAUGUCGCGCCAGAUUACCGAUCUCUCUGCGGCGGGCGCCAAUCUCUUUCAUGCCGUGGUGGAACUGCAGCGCUUACGGGCGUCGUCGGAGCGGAAAUUCCAACGGUGGUUUUUCGACACGCGCGCCGAGCAAGAACGGUUUCGCGAGCUCCAAGCAGAGCUGCACAGGCAGCUAGAAACCGAACGCCUGGGCCGCGACGAGGCAAUUUCAACGGCGAAACAAGCCGAGGUCGAUAAAGCUAAAGCUGAGGAGCUGGUCCGGGAAAUGCGCCGAGAGCUGCAGAUCUCUCGCGACGAAGCUCGGCGUGCAUGGGAAGAGCUGGGCCGCCGAGAACAUGAAGAGCGCGAGCGCACCAUGUCGCUCCGAAACGGAGAGCCCACCGUGGUCGGCGGAGUGCAGGUCGUGCCCAUGGUCCAAGCGUACCCGGGCCGGCACACCAGCUCCAAUCGACCUCAGACCCGAGAAGGACCGUACCCCGGGGGCCCUGGCGCGACUUUUAUGGGCGGCUAUUCUCGUCGUGAUGAGCAGAGCGACCAAUAUUCGUACGAUAGUCAAGUCUCCACUCCUAGAGCCGGCGACCAGUUCUCUGAAUCAACAAGCCGAGACCAGUCUCGAACUCGCGCUGCGAACCCGAUGGUUCCUCUCCUGGAAGCCCCCCCAUCUUCUGCCCCUGCCACGACCAAUGCUCUGGUGUUGAGCUCCAAGGCACCCGCGGCCCAAGGCGCCGCCAGUGGAUUCUACCAGCAUGAUAGUGCCGCAUUGCACAAGCUCCCGACCUCCGGCACCUCUGGUCCCGAAGGCUCCCAUGUCCCAACCAGUGAAGCCGGCGCCAGCGAAGCCUCGGAAGAAUAUGAGCCCCGAAUGAACCACCCGGACUUCCCUGGCCGCCAGCUGUCCUACCCCCGCACAGUCUCAGACGACAGCGAUGACUACGAGAACCAAGAAAUAGAGCAAGAUGACGCCGAAGCGCAGCAGUAUGACCAGCGGUACCCGCCCGGCUCCUCCGCGGAGGAAGGCCACGACGGAUAUAGACCGGGGCCGGUAGAUUACAGCGGGUCCGGCUGGGGACCAACGUGGGAGUCGAUGGCGCCACGACACCGCCAUCCCACGCGACUGAGCGACGUCAUCGAGGAAGACGAGCGCAGUCGAACCAGCCCCAGCCGAGCGAGCCAGGCGAGUCGUGGGAUGCCAUGA